CUCCGCCGCACUCGGCACGAGCGUUUCAAACCGUCGCGACCUCCUGGGCUCCCACCCCGCCGCCUAACCUACUCUGUGCUGGUCCGAAAACCAGGUCCGCCCUCGGGGGUUCAGCUCUGCGCCGAAGACUGGGCGCCACCGCCUGGGAACAUCGGGAAGAUGCGGAGCAGAAGCAAUUCUGGCGUCCGCCUGGACGGGUAUGCGCGGCUAGUGCAGCAAACGAUUCUCUGUUACCAGAAUCCUGUCACGGGACUGCUCUCAGCCAGCCAGGAACAGAAGGACGCCUGGGUGCGGGACAACAUCUACAGUAUCCUGGCCGUGUGGGGCCUGGGAAUGGCCUACCGCAAGAAUGCCGACCGGGACGAGGACAAGGCCAAGGCCUAUGAGCUGGAACAGAACGUGGUGAAACUGAUGCGAGGACUUCUCCAGUGCAUGAUGAGACAGGUGGACAAGGUGGAGAAGUUCAAGAAAUCUCAGAGUACCAAGGACAGCCUGCAUGCCAAGUACAACACAGCUACCUGCAGCACUGUGGUGGGCGAUGACCAGUGGGGUCACCUCCAGGUCGACGCCACGUCCCUCUUCCUCCUCUUCCUAGCUCAGAUGACAGCCUCAGGCUUACGCAUUAUUUUCACCCUGGAUGAGGUGGCCUUCAUACAGAAUCUGGUGUUUUACAUCGAAGCUGCCUAUAAAGUUGCUGAUUAUGGAAUGUGGGAACGUGGCGAUAAGACGAACCAGGGCAUACCGGAAUUGAAUGCAAGCUCUGUGGGCAUGGCCAAGGCAGCGCUUGAGGCAAUUGAUGAACUGGACCUUUUUGGAGCUCACGGAGGACGCAAGUCAGUGAUCCAUGUCCUGCCAGAUGAGGUUGAGCACUGCCAGUCCAUCCUCUUCUCCAUGCUGCCAAGAGCCUCGACGUCGAAAGAGAUUGAUGCGGGCCUGCUUUCCAUUAUUUCUUUCCCAGCCUUCGCAGUGGAAGAUGUCAACCUAGUGAAUGUGACCAAAAAUGAAAUUAUCACCAAGCUCCAGGGCCGUUUUGGAUGCUGCCGUUUCCUUCGAGAUGGUUAUAAAACCCCGAGAGAGGACCCAACUCGAUUGCAUUAUGAUCCUGCAGAACUCAAGCUCUUUGAAAACAUCGAAUGUGAGUGGCCUGUGUUCUGGACAUAUUUCAUAAUUGAUGGAGUCUUCAAUGGGGAUGCCGUUCAGGUCCAAGAGUACCGAGAGGCCCUGGAAGGAAUAUUAAUCAGAGGCACGAAUGGGAUUCACCUGUUGCCAGAACUGUAUGCCAUCCCACCGGAUAAGGUCGACGAGGAGUAUAAGAACCCUCACACGGUGGACAGAGUGCCUCUAGGGAAGGUGCCCCAUCUGUGGGGCCAGUCCUUGUACAUCCUCGGCUCACUGCUGGCAGAGGGAUUCCUGGCCACCGGGGAAAUCGAUCCCUUAAAUCGAAGAUUUUCCACUGCCAUCAAGCCUGACGUUGUCGUGCAGGUCUCUGUGUUGGCAGAAAACAAUCACAUCAAGGAGUUGCUGAGGAAGCAUGGGAUAAACAUUCAGAGUAUCGCUGACAUCCAUCCGAUUCGCGUCCAGCCUGGCCGGAUUCUGAGCCACAUAUACGCCAAGCUUGGACGCAACAAGACGAUGAAGCUGAGCGGGCGGCCAUAUCGACACAUCGGUGUCCUGGGCACCUCAAAGCUCUACGUGAUCAGGAACCAAGUCUUUGCUUUCACCCCCCAGUUUACUGACCAGCACCAUUUCUACUUGGCUCUUGACAAUGAGAUGAUCGUGGAGAUGCUGCGGAUCGAGCUGGCCCACCUAUGCACCUGCUGGCGGAUGACAGGCCGACCCACGCUCACCUUUCCCAUCACCCACACUAUGCUCACAAACGAUGGCUCAGACAUUCACGCUGCAGUUCUCUCGACGAUUCGGAAACUAGAGGAUGGCUACUUUGGAGGAGCAAGAGUGCAACUGGGAAGCCUUUCCGAAUUUCUUACCACUUCUUUCUUUACGUACCUGACCUUCCUGGACCCCGACUGUGAUGAAAAGUUGUUUGACGAUGACAGCGACGGCAGUUCAAGCCCCAACAGUGAUUCUGAUGUAGGAUGCUAUUUAGAAAACACCUGUAAUGAAGACAGCCAAGAUGAACUUGACCAGUAUAUCAGCCACCUGCUACAAAGCACGUCUCUGAAGUGCUAUCUGCCCCCUCUUUGUAAGAAGACAGAAGACCGCCAUGUUUUCAGUGCCGUCCACUCUACUCGGGACAUACUUUCCGUCAUGGCAAAAGCAAAGGGUUUGGAAAUUCCGUUUGUUCCCAUGGCUCUGCCAACGAGAAUUCUGAGUGCCCAUCGUAAAUCACUGAAUCUUGUUGACUCUCCUCAGCCACUGCUCAAGAAGACUCCUGAAGGCGAAUUCCAAUGGCCCUGUGACGACCAGGGUGAUGUGGACUGUGAGAAGCUGGUCGAGCAGCUGAAGGAUUGCUCCAAUCUCCAGGACCAAGCAGACAUCUUGUAUAUGCUGUAUAUAAUCAAGGGUGCCAACUGGGACACCAAUCUCUCGGGCCAGCACGGGGUCACGGUGCACACUCUCCUCAGCGAGCUGUAUGGCAAAGCCGGCCUGAACCAAGAGUGGGGUUUGAUUCGCUACAUCUCAGGCCUGCUCAGGAAGAAAGUGGAGGUCCUGGAAGAGGCCUGCACGGACUUGCUGUCCCACCAGAAGCAGCUCACAGUGGGCCUGCCCCCCGAACCCCGAGAGAAGACCAUCUCCGCGCCACUCCCUCCGGAGGAACUCACAAGACUCAUCUAUGAAGCCAGUGGGCAGGACAUCAGCAUCGCCGUCCUCACCCAGGAGAUUGUGGUCUACCUGGCCAUGUAUGUCAGGGCCCAGCCCAGCCUCUUUGUGGAGAUGCUGCGACUCCGGAUCGGACUGAUCAUUCAGGUGAUGGCUACAGAGCUGGCAAGGAGCCUGAACUGCUCAGGAGAAGAAGCCUCUGAGAGUUUGAUGAACCUGAGUCCUUUUGAUAUGAAAAGUCUCCUGCACCAUAUUCUCAGUGGCAAAGAGUUUGGCGUUGAGAGAAGCAUGCGUCCCAUCCACUCCACCACAUCCAGCCCUGCCAUCUCCAUCCAUGAGGUGGGGCACACUGGUGUCACCAAACAAGAGAGGAGUGGCAUCAUCAGGCUGAAGAGUGAGAUGAAACAGAUGACCAGGCGGUUUAGUGCUGAUGAACAGAGAUCCAGCACCCCCUCCUCACCCACGGGCACUUCAUCGACGGACUCAGGAGGGCAUCACAUUGGCUGGGGGGAGCGGCAGGGCCAGUGGCUGCGCAGGCGGCGGCUGGAUGGCGCUAUUAACAGAGUCCCCGUGGGCUUCUACCAAAAGGUGUGGACUUUCCUCCAGAAGUGCCACGGGCUCUCCAUCGAUGGCUACGUCCUCCCCUCCUCAGCAACACAAGAGAUGACCCCGCAUGAGAUCAAGUUCGCAGUGCACGUAGAGUCGGUGCUGAAUCGAGUGCCCCAGCCUGAGUAUCGGCAGCUGCUGGUAGAAGCGAUCCUGGUGCUGACGAUGCUCUCGGACACAGAGAUGACCAGCCUCGGGGGCAUAAUCCAUGUGGACCACAUCGUGCAGAUGGCCAACCAGCUGUUCAUGCAGGACCAGAUGGCCACUUGUGGCCUGGACACCCUGGAGAAAGACCAAGCCACAGGGAUCUGCCACUUAUUUUACGACAGCGCACCCAGCGGGGCCUAUGGGACCAUGACCUAUCUGACGAAAGCAGUCACCUCACAUUUGCAGGAGUUGCUGCCCAACUCGGGGUGCCAGAUGCAGUAGCUCUCCGCUGUAAGAGGGACUGUGCUCUAAAUCUGUCACAAGUCCCCUAGCCUCAUCAGGAACUUUGUUUCCCAAGACCCCCCCCCCUGUGUGCAGCCAUAAAGGAAUGUCCCCUCAGAGAGACCCACAGCGAAGAGUUCUGAAGCCCGUGUCUGCGAGCUCUGGAUGAAGCUGCCACGCCCUGCGCUUCUCCGGGGUCCUCUGCUCAGCAGUUGGGCAUGUGGACUCAGAGGAGGAACUGGUAAUUGGUCUCUUUUGAGUGCAGGGUGAAGUGCGAAGGCAGCUUCAAUUGGCCCUCUCAGAUUUCCAGAAAUAGGUUAGAUGAGCUAGUGACACAUCUUAAAGAUGAAAAGGGCCUUCCAGCAGCAGUGGCUCGACACACAGACCUGGGGAAAGGGGUGUCUUACAGGAGGCAGUGUGUCUGGACCAAACUGUUUACUGAAUAGAACGAUUCUUUCUGCGGGGC